GGGGAAACUCUGGCUGGGGCAGACCGCGGAGCUCCGGCAGUUCGUGGGGAACGGCGGCCGGAGCAGCACAACGGGCAAAAUACAAUAGAGGCGACAACGGAAAGAAGCCCUUGGUCCUCUCCCGUAAACACACUCCCCUCCGCCGCCACCUCCCCCUUGGCACCGUGCUGCCUGGCGCCCGAGGCCGCUCGGACUGCUAUGUAACUGCGAGGCUGCGGGAGGAAGGGGACCGGGGAGAAGAGGUUCGGCUGUGGGAGCCCCUCAGGGCCAAGUUUGCGGCCACUUCUGCCCGCGCCCUCCCGUAGCCCCCGCUCGCCCCUUCCUGCAGCCCAGCCGGCCCGGGCGUCCUUCGCCUCCUCGCGUGCCCAGCAGCCGCGGUUCCUGGCCACCAUGGUGACGGUGGAGGAGCUGCGGGAGAUGGACUGCAGCGUGCUCAAAAGGCUGAUGAACCGGGACGAGAACGGUGGCGGCGCGGGCGGCAGCGGCAGCCACGGCGCCCUGGGGCUGCUGAGCGGCGGCAAGUGCCUGCUGCUGGACUGCCGACCGUUCCUGGCGCACAGCGCCGGCUACAUCCGAGGCUCGGUCAACGUGCGCUGCAACACCAUCGUGCGGCGGCGGGCCAAGGGCUCGGUGAGCCUGGAGCAGAUCCUGCCCGCGGAGGAGGAGGUCCGCGCCCGCCUGCGCUCCGGCCUCUACUCAGCCGUCAUCGUGUACGACGAGCGCAGCCCGCGCGCCGAGAGCCUCCGCGAGGACAGCACCGUGUCACUGGUGGUGCAGGCGUUGCGACGCAACGCCGAGCGCACCGACAUCUGCCUGCUCAAAGGUAAACGCCGGCGCCGGGCGCGAGCUGGAGGGUCGAUGCGGCGGGGCUCCGCGGCCUGA